UAAACGCAUAAUUCUUACUCGAGUAAGUCUCCUCUUCUUCCAUAUCUGCAUGGUCUCACCAAGCAAUGCUUGCAAUCCACCUCUUCUCAUCAAUCGCCGAGGAGCAAUUAGCAUAGAAAAAGCAGCACUCUUGGAAUUCAAAAGCUCUAUAAGGUCAGAUCCUAACUUAGUUCUUUCAAACUGGAACAGGUCUACCAAUGUAUGUGACUUCAAUGGAGUUGAAUGCGACCGUUGGAGGGCUCAUGUCAUCUGCAUAAUACUCAAACAAACUAGCAUCGGAGGCAGAAUCAAUCCUGCACUUGCCAACCUCACUGCGCUCUAUGAGCUUGACUUAUCAGAUAAUCAACUAACUGGCCACAUUCCACCUGAAUUCUCCAAGCUGAGGAUGCUCAACAUUCUUGAUCUCUCAGGAAAUGGACUCAAUGGCAUGAUACCAGAAGCUCUCUCGCACCUUAAUGGCCUUGGUUAUCUCAACAUUCGUAGCAAUUUACUUGUUGGUUCAAUACCUUCUUCUAUCUUCAGCAACUGCACCAACUUAACUGUUGUGGAUCUCUCAAACAACUCACUUUCGGGUAACGUUCCAGCUGAAGUGGGAAUCAGCCUUCCUCAGCUGUACACACUCGAUCUUUAUCAGAAUAAUCUGACAGGGAAGAUACCUUCAUGGCUUUCAAAUUCAUCCAUAUUAAAUGAGCUAGAUGUUGAGAACAAUGAUCUUUCUGGUGAAUUGCCUUCAGAGAUGAUAGGAAAGUGGAAGAAUAUUGAAUUCCUUCACCUGUCAUAUACACAUCUUACAAGCCACAGAAACAACACAGACUUAGAUCCAUUCUUCAGUGCUCUUUCUAAUUGCUCCAGGCUGAAAGAGCUGGAAUUGGCAGGGAUAGAUCUCGGCGGGCAACUUCCUCGUAGACUUGGAUUAAACAUCUCAAGCUUGUCAAUUUUGAAUCUUGAUAGCAACAAAAUUUAUGGCUCUAUCCCUCCCAACAUUGAGAAACUUCGAAACCUGACAUUGCUGAAUUUGUCAAGCAAUCUAAUAGAUGGAGUGAUUCCAAAAGAGAUCAGCCAUUUGGCAAGUUUACAGAGGCUUAUAUUGUCUAAUAACAUUUUGGGUGGAGAAAUCCCUCAAGUGAUGGGUAAUAUGAGCUCAGUUGGCUUACUUGAUUUAUCAAACAAUAGAUUCACCAGUGAGAUACCUGAAAGUAUUGGAAAUUUGGUAGAAAUCAGUGACCUCUAUAUGCAAAAGAAUCACCUCUCAGGGCACAUCCCUUCUUCACUUGGUAAUUGCAUUAGCCUUACCAGAUUGGACUUAUCAUACAAUAAUUUGUCGGGUAUCAUACCUACAACAAUAGCAGGAUUAUUGAAGAUAUUUCUUAAUCUUUCAAACAACCAGCUUCAUGGUCCUUUGCCUAUGGAACUCAGUAAGAUGGAGCAAGUUGAAGAAAUUGACAUUUCAUCAAACAAAAUCAGUGGCCCUGUGAUUCCUCAGCUCUCUCUGUGCGUCGCCGUGAAGUUGAUCAAUCUCUCACAUAAUUUUCUCCAAGGGCCACUCCCCAAAUCAAUUGGGGUCCUUAAUGACCUCGAAGUCUUUGAUCUGUCCAACAAUUCUUUAUCUGGAGAGAUCCCACAGAGCCUUAACAACUGCACCAGCCUCAAACUAUUGAAUUUAUCCUACAAUGAUUUCAGUGGGUUGAUACCAAGUGCAGGAAUUAUUAGCAUGUUCUCUGACCUCUCCUUUCUUGGGAACCCAAAUUUGUACCGAAAUAUUAGCAAAAAAAAAGGCAAACAGAUCCAUUCAAAAAGAAUUUUAAUUACAGUUUGUGUAGUUGCUUCAGUACUGGCUUUCACAAUAACCAUAUUAUUUGUGAUUAAAAUAAGACAGAUUAGAAAAAAUAUUUUAAGAAGAGAUGAUGAUUUGGCAGGCGUGACACUGCCUUCUUUGAGGUCGAGCUACCCAAGAAUCACUUACAGACAGCUUUCAGAAGCAACCAGAGGAUUUGCAGAGGAGAUGCUCAUUGGUUCUGGAAGCUAUGGGAGUGUUUACAGAGGAAUUUUAAGGGAUGAAACAGUGGUAGCAGUCAAAGUACUUCGCCUUCAAACUGGGAACUCCACCAAGAGCUUCAAAAGAGAAUGUGAGGUCUUAAAAAGAAUCAGGCAUCGAAAUCUAAUUAGAAUAAUCACGGCUUGCAGCCUUCCAGAAUUCAAGGCCCUUGUUCUUCCAUUUAUGUCAAAUGGUAGUCUUGAUUCUAGGUUGUACUCAAAUGAAAAUGAUCAUCAUCUGGAUUUGGAGCAGAGAAUUAGAAUUCUAAGUGACAUAGCUGAGGGGAUGGCAUACUUACACCACCACUCUCCAGUGAAGGUCAUUCACUGUGAUUUAAAGCCUAGCAAUGUGUUGCUCAAUGAAGAUAUGGCUGCACUGGUAUCUGAUUUUGGAAUUUCAAGACUUGCGAUCAGUGUGGGCGCAGGAGUUACUAUAGCUGGACCAGAUAUUGCAGGCAGCUCCACUGCCAAUAUGUUAUGUGGGUCUAUAGGGUAUAUAGCUCCAGAAUAUGGAUUUGGCUCAAGAGCAACCACAAAGGGAGAUGUCUACAGCUUUGGUGUACUAGUCCUUGAACUAUUAACAAGGAAGAGACCAACAGAAGAAAUGUUUGUAGGCGAGCUGAGCCUUCAGAAAUGGGUGAAAAAUCACUACCAUGGUAGAUCGGUUGAGAUGGUGAUUGAUUCAAGUUUAAUGAGAACUGCAGGGAGCCAAGUAGCUGAAGUGAGGAGAAUGUGGGAGGCAGCAAUAUCAGAGUUGGUAGAGCUUGGUCUCUUGUGCACACAGGAGAAUCCAUUUAUGAGGCCAACGAUGCUUGAUGCUGCUGAUGAUUUGGAUCGAUUGAAAAGGUAUCUCUCAGGUGACACCACGGCUACAUUUGCAUCAUCAUUGGGGAUGUCUUCAACUGUUGCAGAGGAUAUCAUGUGAUGCUUAAAUUGUAUUAUAAGCAUGUGUUUGGUUUGCACAUUGAAUGUAUUUGGUAGAAAAGCUUGGUUGCAAUUAGAAUCAUUGUGCAUUCAUAGAAUGCAUGGCUCAUAAUGGAGCUAUUAUUUUGUGCGGACACCGGAUGGGAG